AUGGCGCAAUCUUCUAAUGAAGCUAAUAUUAAUCUUGCACUUCAGGCCUAUCAGGCGGACCUAGAAUUAAGUCUGCGACGAGCUGCAAAGCUCUAUAACGUCCACUUCCAGACCCUCCACUACCGAUCUCAGGGUAGGCAGGCUCGUGAGGAUUAUAUCCCGAGCUCUCGGAAACUAAGUAAUCUAGAGGAAGAGGUUAUAGUUCAGUAUAUCCUUGACCUAGAUUCGCGAGGAUUCUCUCCCCGGCAUCGUGAUGUUGAAGAAAUGGCAAAUCGACUACUUGCUGACUGCGACGCGUCACCAGUUGGCAAGCGCUGGGCUAUUAAUUUUACUAAGCGGCAACCAGAGCUCAAGACGCGUUUUCGACGAAGAUAUGACUAUAAGAGGGCUAAAUGCGAAGAUCCGACUAUUAUUCGCAAUUGGUUCAGGCUUGUAAAGAACAUAAUCGCCAAGUACGGCAUCCGAUCAGAUGAUAUCUGGAACUUUGACGAGACUGGCUUUACGACGGGUAAGAUUGAGCCUGGUAUAGUUAUUACCAGCUCAGAGAGGCGUGGAAAUCCAAAAUCAGUCCAGCCUGGAGAUCGAGAAUGGGCUACGGUGAUCCAAGCGAUUAAUGCAGAAGGCCAGGCGAUUGAUCCAUUCAUUGUGGUUGCAGGCGAAUUUCACCUUCAAAACUGGUAUGAAGAAAGCAACAUCCCGGCCACCUGGGUUAUUGCCACAACCAAAAAUGGCUGGACAGAUAACGAGACGGGCCUCGACUGGCUAAAGCACUUUAAUCGGGCUACAACUGACCGAUCAGUCGGUGCCUAUCGUCUUUUGAUCCUCGAUGGUCAUGAAAGUCAUCGGUCAGCCGAUUUCCAGAUAUAUUGUGAGGAGAACAACAUUAUUACACUCUGUAUGCCGCCUCAUUCAUCACACCUACUUCAGCCCCUUGACGUCGGGUGUUUUGGGCCGCUGAAAAAGGCAUAUGGUCGAGAAAUAGAGCAACUGAUUAAAAGGAAUGUAACCCACAUCGAGAAGACUGACUUCUUCUUGGCGUUUUAUGUUGCCUUCCAAGCUACUAUAACCGAGAAAAAUAUCAAGGGAGGUUUUAGAGGAGCUGGGCUUGCUCCCUUUGACCCAGAAAAUGUCAUCUCGAAGCUUGAUGUGCAGCUACGGACUCCGACGCCUCCCGUAGAGGUCACGAUACCAUCGACCCCUUGGGCUGCAAGGACCCCAAAGACAAUACUAGAGACCCAGUCUCACUCUAAGUAUCUGCAAGGAAGGAUCAGAAACCACAAGAGCAGCUCCCCUGAGUCAAUAAUUGAAGCUGUGAAGUAUUUGAGAAAGGGCAGAGCAUUAUUCUACAUAAGAUAG